AUGAAAUUGAAAUCAAAAGAAGAGAUAAAGGAAAUUGAUCUAAACAUUAAUUGGUUCAAAUUUAUAUAUGGCCAAUCAGAGGCAGCCUCUAAGGGCUGUGCGCCAGAGUAUCACUCGGACUUGAACAUUGGAAGAUUUCUCGAGCGCAAGGGAAAGGCGGCGGGAAGGAGAGAGGGGUGGAGUAGGCUUCUCCCGCGACUCCGCAGGCAGAAAAAACUUGCUGAAGACCUCCAGAUGCCCAGUCGAGUGUUAAUACUGAUAAGAAGUGUAAAUGACUCUUGGGUCGAAUAUAAUCAACGUCGGCCCUUUCUAAUAUGCUAUGCUUUUGGUUAA